GUGGUGGUGGUGGUGAUGGUGGUGGUGAUGAUGAUGGUGGUGAUGAUGGUGAUGAAGAUCUAUCUGUGUGCAGGUGAGGAGGUAAAGGAUGGAGGCGGAGACAUUCUGGAGAAGAAAGAGGAGAAGGUGAAGGACUACCGGUACUACCUGAGAAUGUGGGCCAAAGAGAAGGAACCCAAGACGGAGACCAUCAAAGACCUGCCCAGGAUGAACCAGGAGCAGUUCAUCGACCUGUGUAAGACCCUCUACAACAUGUUCAGUGAGGACCUUCUGGAGCAGCAGCUCUAUCAUUCCAUCGCCACCGUUGCCAGCCUGCUGCUGCGUAUCGGGGAGGUCGGCAAGAAGUUCAACAAUGGCGGCCGGAAGACGGACGAAGCCGCCACUCAGGCUCCGUCCACCGAGGGUCAGAGGGAGGAGUCAGGUGAGUCCCAGGUGCGUCGAGCUUUGGCCGACGCUCAGCUGGAGCCGGCGGCUCCAGACGAGGAGAUCAAAGACGACACGUCGCUGUCGUCGUACUCCGUGGUGAGCUCCGGAUCGCUGCAGUGCGACGAUAUCGCCGACGACACCGUGCUGAUCGGCGGUCAGAGGCAGGGCAGUGUGCUGGAUGUCGAUUGGUCGAUCACCUUCGAACAGGUGCUGGCGUCGCUGCUGACGGAGCCGCCGCUCGUGGACUACUUUGAAAAGAAGAGGGACUUCCAGAACAAGAUGGCCGCCUGUAAGGCUCAGAGGGCGGUAGAGCGUCAGACAAGCUCCGCCUCCGACCACGAACUUGCCUCCUCCACCACCUGACUCACCUCCACCACCUGACUCACCUCC